CAUCAUGAAGCCUAGCAUCACUUUUUGUACGGAAACAGCUACUUUAAACAAACAAAUGUACUGUCGCGCGCUCUAGCUCAUGCACAGGUAUGGACGAGCGUCACUCACGUUCUACCGAGGUUAUAAAACGCUGCAGAGCUUCUAAUCAGUCAUUUGCACUCAGACUUGACCCCAGUUCGCUUGCGAAAACUGGAGAUUUUAAAUCUUGGAUUCCUGAUCCCAAAAACUUCUAGACAACAACCUGUUUGAUAACUGAGCUUCAGAAACACCUCAAGUAAUCUACCAGCUGAAAACAUGGCUUCGUCUGGACCCCCUGCGGAGGAGCACCUGCUGACCCGUGUCACACGGUGGUUCACUGGCUUUGCCGGUGGCUCCCUGUGGCCUGUGACCAACGCUUGCCCCGAUGCUGCGACUCCUCCCGAUGACCCUGUUCUCCCUGAGGUCGAUGAGGAAGAGGCCAACGCUGUUGGGGUGGACGCUGUGGAUGGGCUUCAGGAGGCUCAGGCUGAGCCUAGUAGAGGUAAUGGAGACAGUGAGCAGCCCCCUCCUGCUGCUCCUUCUCCUGUUUAUUACGCUGUUUAUUACACUGUUCCCUAUGCCGUUCCUUAUUCUGUUCCCUAUGCCGUUCCUUAUUCUGUUCCCUACCCUUGCUAUGCUCCUUGGUCUAAUCGGUAUGCUUACCACUAUGCUGCCCCUCCUCCUUUCACUGAUCCUUAUGCUUACCCCUAUGCGGCUCCUGCCUACCCUCAGGCUGCUCCUACUUACCCUCAAGCUGCUCCUGCCUACCCUCAGGCUGCUCCUGCCUACCCUCAGGCUGCUCCUGCCUACCCUCAGGCUGCACCUCCCCAUGAUGCACAUCCUUUAGAUGAUGAUGAUGUUGAUAACUAUGGUAUUGAUGAGUAUCUUAGGCAGAUCAGGUACUAUGGCGAGCAGUCGCCUGAGGAUGAGGAUGAAGAGAUUGAUGUCGUCGGACUCGACAUCGGGCCACUACCUUGAAGAUUUUUUCGAGGAGCCCGAAGACGCUGUUGUUCCUGGAUCUCCCUCAACUUCUCGCUCUGGCUGCUCCAGAAGAAAAGGCAGGGAAGACAGCGAGGAGGAGUCUGCUGCAAAGAGGCCGCGGUGGUCCGAGGACAGCGACGAGGACUGAGUCUGAGAUGGUUGGGCUGAAAAUCCUCCUUGAAACAUCAGAGCAAAAUGUGCCCUCCAUCUCUUCCUCUUCACAGCAGGACCACAUGAUUCACCUGGUCGCCUUAGCGUCUUGCGGGGCGGAUCCUGGUAGCAUCUUGCUCCUGCUUGAUUGACAUUUUUCUACAUGGUGGGGCUGACCUUUGCGUCUGGCUGGGCACGCAAAGCCCCAGGUAGCCGUAGCGUCCUGCGGGGCUAUCGGUAACCCAGGAAGCGUCUUGCCUUGGCAUUUUUUUUGGUGUAGUAUCUUAUUAUUUGUCUCUCAAUCUUUCUUUCUUUAAUUCUGUGGGCAGACGCUGCCCCUUAGCCUUUGUAUCUGGCGGGGUGUUCCUGGAAGCGUCUUGCACGGAUUUGAUUGACAUUUUUUAUAUAUUUCGGGGCUGGCCUUUGCGUCUGGCUGGGCAAGCAAAGCCCCUGGUAGCCUUAGCGUCUUGCAAGGCUGCCAACACCCCAGGAAGUGUCCUGUACUGGGGAUGUUUGGUUUACCAUUGUGGAUCGACGUUGAACCUUGGAGCCUUCACCUUGAUGCUGGGUUUGCUUGACUCACCCUCUUGUCAUGCCCUCACAGGGAAGCUGACAGCACUGUGUGUCCUGGGAGACUCUGCAGCCUGCUGUCUUUUGCUCUCAAGGUCAACAUGAAAAGACAUCACUGCAAACCACUGCACUGACAUAAGAAGAAGCAGGAAAAAAGCAGCAAAAUCAAAGAGAACACAUGGGACUUCAAUCUCUUAGCACCUUUACUCGCCAAUUGUUGGGCAAUGCACUGGACACCUUUUAAACCUCGCAAAAAAUCUGAUUUCAUCUAUGCCUGCUGAAAAACAGCAUCUCAUUUCGAUGUAUCCUGAAUUUUUUUCUCCGCCGGGGCGGGUCCAGGUAACAUCUUGCACUGAUUUGAUUGACACUUUCUACAUGGCGGGACUGGCCUUUGCGUCUUGCGGGCUGCCAACACCCCAGGAAGGUUCUUGCACAGGGGAUGUUUGGUGUACCAUCUCAUUUUUUUGCACGGUGGAUCAACGUUGGACCUUGGAGCCUUCACCUUGAUGCUGGGUUUGCUUGACUCACCCUCUUGUCAUGCCCUCACAGUAAAGCUGACAGUACUGUGUGCCCUGGGAGACUCUGCUGUCUUUUGCUCUCAAGGUCAACAUGAAAAGACAUCACUGCAAACCACUGCACUGACAUAAGAAGAAGCAGGAAAUAAGCAACAAAAUCAAAGAGAACACAUGGCACUUUAAUCUCGUAGCACCUUUACUCGCCAAUUGUUGGGCAAUGCACUGGACACCUUCAAAUACAUAACAUCCAACAUGAAGAAACUUUAUUGAACCAAAAAAACUCCCAAAAAUUAGAUUUGAUUUAAGCCUUCUAAAAAUGGGCAUCUCAUAAGGAUGCCUCCUGAAUAUUUUUUCUCCAUAGGUCAAAACAAUUAAAAGUGGGUGCCGCGGCACACUGGGGUGCCCCCCGACUGUGUCAGGGGUGCCGCCAAAAAAAUUACGUUUCUGACAUAAAAAUAAAAAAAAAUCCCCCCCCAAAAAAAUAUUUUAAAUUUGAAUACUUAAAUACAUUAUUUUACCUACUAAUGGAUUACUAACAUUGUAAAUUAAUGUUGAUCAUUUUUAUUUAAUAAUAAUUUAAAUUUAAAUUUAAAAAUCUGACUCGCGGACCCGCCCAUUUCAAAAAGAGUAAGGAACAAGCAACAACAGCAUGGAUCCUUUUUUAAAAAGAAAAGCCCCACAAGAACCGGACAUGAUUGACUGUAACAUGGAGCCUCAGCCUGCAUGCGAGCCUUCGUCCACCAGCCCUGAGUCUGCAUCAAAUGUCACAAAGGUAGACGCUAACAGUAAGGCUAAAAAGAGGACAUACAAUGACAGUUACCUCAAAUUUGGCUUCGUCAGUACUGGGGAUCCAGCAUGUCCUCUCCCUUUGUGCUUAAUAUGUGGCAUGAAACUGUCAAACAAAGGGAUGGUUCCGAGCAAACUUAAAAGACACAUGACCACUAAUCAUCCAUCACUUGCUGACAAGGAUGCUGAAUAUGUUGUUCGAAUGAAAAGUCAGCAUAGCCGUCAAAAACAAAUGAUGAUUAAAUCUGCAAAAGUCUCAGAGAAAGCACUGGAAGCUAGCUACCUCGUAGCUGAAAUAGUGGCUAAAACAAAGACGCCCCACACUAUUGCAGAGACUGUAAUUAUGCCAGCAUGUACAGCAAUCGUGAACAAAAUGCUAGGGCCUCAAGCUGCAAAAGAAAUAGCAAAGGUCCCACUGUCGAAUUCUACAAUAGGGAGGCGAAUCAACGACAUGUCAGUGGAUAUUGAAGAUGUGGUUUUUUGGGAAAAUCAAGACAAGUGGACAUUUCUCUUUACAACUUGACGAGUCAACAGACGUGAGUGGGCACGCGCAGCUCUUGGCAAAUGUUCGGUUUGUGGCUGGGGACCGUGUUAGAGAGAAUUUUUUAUUUUGCAAACCCCUAUCAAACAAAACGACAGGAGAAGAAAUUUAUCGUGUGACAACUGAGUAUCUUGAAAAUGGAGGAUUGAGUUGGAAAAACUGCAUUCUGUACUGAUGGUGCGGCUGCAAUGACUGGCUGUGCCAGAGGUUUCAUUAGCAGGGCCAAAGCGCAAAACCCAGACAUCCGAACAACCCACUGCUUCCUUCACAGAGAGGCACUGCCGCAAAGACGCUCCCAAAAGAACUUUCCGACGUACUGGACAGAGCAGUGGAUAUUGUUAAUUUCAUAAAGGCGCGCCCGUUAAAGAGCCACCUGUUUUCCAUUCUGUGCGAGGAAAUUGGCGCAGAGCAUCAGAGCUUGUUGCUACACACAGCCGUCCGCUGGUUGUCGCGAGGGAAGGUUUUGGGCUGAUUGUACGAGUUAAGAGAAGAACUCAGUUUUCUUGACAGAAGAGAAAAAUGCAUAUGCAGAGCUGCUCGCAGGUGAACAAUGGUGCGUAAAACUUGCGUAUUUGGCUGACAUCUUUAAGCACCUCAAUGAGCUGAACAUUAAAAUGCAAGGCAAAGAAGAAAACCUCCUCUCCUCAUCUGACAAACUGCGUGGCUUCAGAUCUAAGUUCACGCUCUGGCGUUCCUUUGUGGGACAGGGCAGGCUGGAUAUGUUUCCCCUGUGCAACGCGCAUGUAAACAGCAGCACACUUUCUGCCCUCAUAGCCCAGCAUUUGAAAUCUCUCGAGGAGCGUUUUAGUUAUUUUCCAUCGGAAUCUUACGCUCAGUUUGACUGGGUCCGUGAUCCUUGGAGUUCAAGUGCACUGGAGAGCGCAAAAGACCUGUCACUGCCAACGCAGGAGCAACUGAUGGAGAUCAGGGAAGACCGCACAUUGAAAAUGAGAUUUGGUGACAUGGAAUUGGACAGGUUUUGGAUAUCAGUGGAAAAAGAGCAGUGGCCUCAAGUAGCGCUGUUGCUAUUUUGCUACCCUUCUCCACAACUUAUCUGUGCGAACUGAGCUUUUCAAGCCUGACAUACAUCAAGAACAAGUACAGGGAGCGCCUGAGGACUGUGGACCAGGAGCUCCGUGUCUGCCUCUCAUCCAUCCCUGGAUAGGGCGGUUGUGUGCGUCGCACCAGGCUCACAUCUCCCACUGAUGGUGAGUCAAAACCCCUCCUCUCUCUCAAUUGCGGCUUGUUUGUGUAAGUGUGAGAGCGUGCCUGCACUCUGCGCGCACGUCGACCUCUCUCUCUCUUCCUCUCUCAUUGUGGAUUAUUGUGUGCGUGUGUGUGUGUGUGUGUAGGUGGGCGGAUGGCACGGAUGGAAACACGGAUGGAAACAAGGACUAUGAUGACAUUUUUAAAACCUGCAUCUUUUUCUUAUCUUGUUCAUUGUAUCUCAUUUUAUUAUUUGUUGUCAUGUCUACCCCCUUUGUUUUAUGUUAACUGCAUCCUGCACUUCAUUUGAGUUCUCCUGGUCUCAAUUUGUUGUUGAGUUCUUGCUUACUACUUGUGGUUUUAUGACAUUUGUGACUGGUUUAUUGUUUUGUGAAGCACUUCUGUGUUUUUAAAGGUGCAACUGCAAUGGUUCUCAACCAGGUCAAAUACAUGGCGGGAGUUUUGUUGGAAGAAUAUAAUACGAUUUCUUAUCACACCCAUACAAAAACGACACCAGGGCAGUGGGGACGCUUGCUGGAGGCUCUGUGGAUCUAAUGGAGCCAACCGCUUUCAUAUUUUUUGGGACUGCCAAGCAAUAAGGUCUUACUGGGAAGAGAUCCACAAACAUAUCAAUAAUGUAUUUAGUGUGACCAUUCCAUUACAAUGUGAAACUUUGUUUUUGGGUAAUAUAUUGUUUGAAACAUGGAACAUAAAAGACAAAACAUUGCUUGCUAUACUGUUGGCAGCUAGUAAGAAAUGUGUCACGAGGAAAUGGUUAAAAGUGGAACCUCCCACCAUUGAUGAAUGACAUUGUGUAUGACAUUUAUGUUAUGGAGAAGAUCUCUUUUUCCCUAAAAGUUGAGAAAGUAAAGUUUUACAAGACCUGGUCCAAAUGGACUGAGUACGUAAAACCAAUCAGAUCUGAUUGUAUUUGACUAUACUUGUGCUUUGUAUGAACCUAACCUCAUGGUUUUUAUUUUUUCCUUUUUCUCUUUAAAAUGGGAUGUGCGCCCCCGGGUUCUGUUCAAAAAAAAUAAUCAAAAAUAAAAUGUUAAUGUUCAACAAUUCAGAGAUAAUUGGUGUUACUAACCAUCUUUGUCCCUGCCUCGAUCUUUUCUAAAUCCACUGACUGAGAUGCUGUUGUUCACCGAGGACAAAGAAGAUAAGUAUGAGCUUCUGUCCUGUAGAGAAAGGGUCCUACAAUAUAAAAACACAAAAAGUAUUAUCAUGUAACCUACUUUCAAACUGUAUGCUUAAUCCAAUUGUUUAUAAAGUCACUUUUUCAGUCAUUUACAGAUAAACGCUGCUGCUCAAUGUGGGUGAAAGGGUAGGAUAUCCUGACACGUAUCAGGUUUACAAUGUAAAGUCACACUAGGAAAUAAGUGUUACUGCUUUGUUAUUCUGUUUAUCCAUAAAGUAUGCUCAUCCAUACUUUUUUAAUAAACCAAAUAAAUGUUUUACUAACCUUAAAUGUAUCAAAGUCCACCGCCUGAGCCGCAGCUGUUCACCAUGGACAACCAACAUGAGUACACAUUUCUGACUAACACUAAAAACAAAAUCCACUGCAUAUGUUUCUAUUGUUUGCUUUUAUAUCAACACUAAUUCAAGCUUCUCUCUAUAGAUGUAAUACGUGUUUUUAGUUCAGAGAUUGCUGCCACUCCCUGUGGACAUCAAGGUAGGUACGAGCCUCUAAGUCAACAUAGAGAAAAAACUGUUCUCCUGUAAACCGAUAUCAUUGAUCCAGAACUUCAAUAUUAUUUGUCUUACUCACUAUUUUAUUUAUUUGUUCUUCUCUUUCCUCCACAACCUGAGCUGCUGCGAUUCACUAGAUAGAAACAGUAGUCAAAUAUUUAAAAAAGCUGAGCAAAUGUAAUGCUUUAUGUAAACUAUCUGCACCUUGUAAGCUGAACUCAUUCAUACACACAACCAUAUUAAGCCAUUUUAUUUUUACUAACCAUUAUGUAUAUUUCUCUUCUGAACUCCACUUCCUGAGCUCCUGCUGUUCACAGUACAGUCAAGGUGAGUGUGAGCUUCAAACUGACAUAAAGUUACCAUGACAAGUCCAGAGGAAACGCUCCCAUCAGACCUGCAGGACAAGCUGGUGUUCAAACAGAGGUAACAAUCAUUGACAAUACUCAUACAUUUCCUGCAAGCCUUAAUGUAGCUUUGUUUAACGAUUCAUAUGUCAAACAUGUUACUCGUAUUGUUCACGUCUCAUUCAUUUCUUAUUUCAGAGACAUAGUUUGAGAGCUGGAGAGAUAAUCGUCUGUUUCAGUCUGGAGGUAUCUUAAGAUGACAACAAAAAAGCACUGUCACUGUUUUGUUGUUGAAUUCAAUAAAGCACCUUGACCGGUCUAA